GCCCCUGUGAAAAUAGCGCACUUCUCAGAAAUGUAAUCAGUCGCAUCUCACUUCAGUUCGAGCACGGGGGAGUGAUUGAAGACAGUUGAACAAGAAGGGAGUGAACACAAACCACAUCCGACCCUGAAAGAAGAAGAACCUGGGAAACGUUUCACUGUUUUUUUCCACUCUUCGCCUGAUGCUGAGGUUUCUGCAGCAGUUCGUCUGAGCUACUUUGGACUCGUUUAUGCGGCAGAAGAAGAGGAAGUAUGUAGAGACAAACAAACAUUGCUACAUCCUCAGUGAACAGGAAUAGGAAGUAUGAAGAGGAGAAGAAAAGAGAAAAAAAAUGCUCGUGUCAAAGUAACUGUUGGCAUGAAGUUUCAUUCGGUUACAAAGAGGUAUUUGGAGAACGCUCGCUGGCAGUUGGUCUGUAAAAAGUGACUUCUUUGGAAGAACCAUUGAAACUAAACAUGAGCGAUUCACUUGAGAGGACAACAGACUGCCUACUUAGUGAAGACAGCUCCAAUCAAAUGGAAGAAAAGGACAAGGCAGGAGUUGUGAGCGAGCUGCGCUGGCAAGAUGAAGGCCUAUCGGUGGAGCUGCUGAGAGGGAUGGAGACCCUGCGGGUGAACAGAGAACUGACCGACGUGACCAUCUGCGUUCAGGGACACGACUUCCUCUGCCAUCGAGCCAUUCUUGCUGCUGCUAGUCAGUACUUCAGGGCCAUGUUCUGCAGCGGCCUCAAGGAGAGCCACGAGGACCGUGUGGAGAUCAAGGGGCUCGACAGCGGAACCAUGCGCACGCUCCUGGAGUACACCUACACCAGCCGAGUCUUCCUCACACACUCAAACGUCCAGGGCAUCCUCGAGGCUGCCAGUCAGUUUCAGUUUCUGCGCGUUGUAGAUGCAUGUUCCAAAUUUCUCAGCAAGUCCCUCCAACUUGAGAGCUGUGUUGGCAUCCUGAAUCUGGCCCACAGCCACGCCCUGCCAGAGCUGAGGACCACAGCGGAGGAGUACAUCACCUACCAGUUCUCUCAGGUGAUCCAGCAGCAGGACUUUGUGGAGAUGCCUGCUCAGUCUCUGGAGGCGGUCCUGCAGAGUGACGAGUUGGAUGUAAGGUGUGAGGAGUGCGUUUUCGAAGCGCUGAUGAGCUGGGUGAGAGCCCGGCAGAGCGAACGCUGUCCGCUACUGGCCAGGCUGCUUUCACACGUCCGACUGCCACUGCUGGACCCCGCGUACUUUGUGGAGAAAGUGGAGUCGGAUGAGCUGAUUCGCUGCUGCAGUAAGGCCUUUCCUUUGUUGCAAGAGGCACGCACCUUUCACCUGUCCGGGAGGGAGGUGGUCUCAGAGCGAACCAAACCUCGUUUGCAGCACUUUCUGUCCGAGGUCUUCCUCAUCAUCGGAGGUUGCACAAAAGACGAGCGCUUCAUCUCCACCGUCACCUGCUUGGACCCUCUCAGGCGCAGCCGGCUGGAGGUCGCUCGGCUGCCAAUGACGGAGAUGGAGGACGAAUCCCAGAACAGAAAAUGGGUGGAGUUUGCUUGCGUUACCUUCCACAAUGAAGUGUAUAUAUCUGGGGGGAAAGAGACGCAGCAUGAUGUUUGGAAAUAUAACGGCGCUCUGGACAAAUGGAUUCAAGUCGAGCCCCUCUCAGUGGGACGCUGGAGGCACAAGAUGGCAGUUCAGAAUGGGAAAGUUUAUGUUCUGGGGGGUUUUGAUGGAACUCAGAGACUCACAAGUGUGGAGGCCUAUGAUCCUUUUCACAAUCGAUGGACACAGGCGACACCUCUGGCUAUCGGUGUGAGCUCCUUUGCUGCAGCAAACUUUGACCGAUGGAUCUACGUGAUUGGCGGGGGGCCAAAUGGAAAACUGUCCACUGAUAAGGUUCAGUGCUGGGAACCAGGAACGGACAGUUGGGAACUGCGAGCGCCCAUCCCCAUUGAGACCAAAUGCACCAACGCUGUCACCUUCAAGAACUGCAUCUACGUCGUUGGUGGUGCCAUGAAUGCCAUGUACUGCUACUCCCCUCUGAGCGACACCUGGACCCUCGUGUCACGUCUAGGAGAACGGGCAAGUUGUGCCAUUGCAGCCUGCAACAACAAACUCUUCAUAACCGGAGGAAGAGACAACAAGAACCAAGUCAUCUCCACUGUCAUGUGCUGGGAUGUAACGCAAGGAGUGUUGACGGAGGAGUGCGUUUUACCGAUGGGAGUGUCCCAUCACGGCAGUGUGACACUGAUGAAGUCUUACACGCAAAUACACAAAAUAACCCGUCCAGCGGAGUCCCAGUGACAAACACUGUCAACAGGAACUAAUGGGGCAAAAUGGGGUUUAAAAAUAAAGUGGGACAUUUGCAUGUACUGAUUUUUUCCAGUGUAGACUUGCCACUGUGCACGAGGCAUGUGACCAUGUUUUUGUUGAUGUGAAGAUAAAAAUAUACAUGUUUUUUAAUCUUAAGGUUUACAUUUUAUUUUGACCUUUUUGUAUAAGGUAAUUUAUGCAGUGGUAAAAGCAACAAAGCUAUUUUAACUGUU